AUGGCUAGUAGGUGGCUGAGAGCCACUGGCAUCCCUCAGGUCCAAGUAACCCUUUUCCGAUUUUUCUCCCUUCUAGGCUACCCGUUGGCUCUCUUUUAUCGGCAUUACCUUUUCUACAAAGACAGCUACCUCAUCCACCUCUUCCAUGCUUUGACAGGCCUCUCCAUUGCCUAUUUCAACUUUGGCCACCAGUUCUACCACUCCUUGCUGUGUGUCCUGCUUCAGUUCCUCAUCCUGCGACUCAUGGGCCGCACCAUCACCGCGGUUCUCACUACCUUUUGCUUCCAGAUGGCCUACCUUCUUGCUGGCUAUUACUACACAGCCACGGGGGACUACGAUAUCAAGUGGACAAUGCCACAUUGUGUCCUGACGCUGAAGCUCAUUGGUCUGUCUAUUGACUACUAUGAUGGAGGCAAAGACAGGAAUUCCCUGUCCUCUGAGCAACAGAAAUAUGCCAUACGGGGUGUCCCUUCCCUGCUGGAAGUUGCUGGCUUCUCCUACUUCUAUGGAGCCUUCUUGGUAGGGCCCCAGUUCUCAAUGAACCACUACAUGAAGCUGGUGCAGGGGCAGCUGACGGACAUGCCAGGGAAGAUACCAAACAGCACCAUACCUGCUCUCAAGCGCCUGAGUCUGGGCCUCAUCUACCUGGUGGGCUACACCCUGCUGAGCCCCCACAUCACAGAUGACUAUCUUCUCACUGAAGACUAUGAUCACCGCCCUUUCUGGUUCCGCUGCAUGUAUAUGCUGGUCUGGGGCAAAUUUGUGCUGUACAAGUACGUCACCUGUUGGCUGGUCACAGAAGGAGUGUGCAUCUUGUCGGGGCUGGGCUUUAAUGGCUUUGAAGAGAACGGGAAAGCAAAAUGGGACGCCUGUGCCAACAUGAAGGUGUGGCUCUUUGAAACAACUCCUCGCUUCAAUGGCACCAUCGCCUCCUUCAACACCAACACCAAUGCCUGGGUCGCCCGUUACAUCUUCAAACGCCUCAAGUUUCUUGGAAAUAAAGAACUCUCACAGGGUCUCUCCUUGCUGUUCUUGGCUCUCUGGCACGGCCUACACUCGGGAUACCUGAUUUGCUUCCAGAUGGAGUUCCUCAUAGUUAUUGUGGAAAAGCAGGCCGCCAGCCUCAUUCGGGAGAGCCCCACCCUGAGCAGCCUGGCUUCCAUCACUGCCCUGCAGCCCGUCUACUACUUGGUGCAACAGACCAUCCACUGGCUUUUCAUGGGUUACUCCAUGACGGCCUUCUGUCUCUUCACGUGGGACAAAUGGCUUAAGGUGUACAGAUCCAUCUACUUCCUUGGACACACCUUCUUCUUGACCCUCCUGCUCAUACUGCCUUACGUUCACAGAGCAAUGGUGCCAAGGAAAGAGAAGUUGAAGAAAAGGGAAUAGUGCAUUUCCCUGGUGGCCGAGAGCUGGACUGGUGCAGAAACUACUUGUCUCCCUUCUCACAGCACUCCUCACCCCAGAGCAGAUGUCAGGAGCUGUGCCCUCCCAGCUGUGCCUCUGCUACAGCCAAGUCUUCACCGGGCCAAAGGGGAAGCUCUUGUGGGAGGAGCAGAGGGGCUGCACCCCCUUUGGACUCCCCCAUGCACGUUGCCUUAUCUCUUCCCUCUAGCCAGGAACUUGUUGUGUUUCUCCUCUGCCAAUCUACUACGAUUGUCUAUGUGCCGAUACCGCCGCCCCCCCAUGGGGGGAGGGAGGGUACAAGGCCCUGCCUGCUCCACUUUUUCUACCUUGGAACUAUACCAGAUAAAGUCACUUCUGUUGUUCAGUUUUUUUCACUGCUAGCAUCCUGACUGCUUUCUUUCAUACGUGUUCUCUGUGCUUGCUGAAGCUGAGGUCCUCAGGGUGUCUCUUUGAGAACACAAGAACCUAGGAAAUCAGGAACUCCUUUCAAAGUCCGGAACACCAGACACCAAGGGGGACAGUUUACACUACCAUGUACUGCUGAGUUUAAGAACCCUCAAAACAAUCAGGUUUGCAAAAAAGAAAAAAGCACAGUCUUUAUAGUUAAAACAAAAAACAAACAGUCUUGGCUCCCAGCUCUGCCAUCUUGGUACAGAAGAUUAUCUUCCAACAAACACCUUAGGAGUCAACAGACAAUGCCAAGAGUCCUGUCUGAGAACUACGCUCCGCUGUUCUCAAACGACGCCCCAGGCUUCUUCAAAGGCUGUGGUAAGUUUGGCACAGGUGAGGGCGGCGGACAGUGGAUAGUUGCUGAUGGACACCAUCUUCUCUGUGUACUCCACACUGACCUGAGGAGAGAAGAGGCUGGUCAGGCAACUCUUACCCUAUAGUAAGUUCAGACUGAGGGCAGAGCUCACGAAUGAACUAUCGUCUCCACAGCAGUACCAUUCAAACUUCGACAGAAACUGGAGGCUUUAGCUGUAUCUGUUAGAGACGUGCCAGAUCCUCAGAGAGCACAUGCUGGAUCGGGAAUGCAGCUGCCAUGUGUUUUCUAGCUCUGUUCAUACCCUGUACUUCCUGAUUGGUGAGGACAAGGAGUUUUAAUAUGCUAACUGCUCAUGGAAUCCAGCACUGAGUUUCAGCUCCAUGAAGAACCUAAGGACUGAGCCCAGACUGUACCUUGCCAUGGGCAAAGGCUCCCACCACGAAAACAAUUGGGUCACUACUGGGCACCAGCUCUCGUACAUCACUGACGUCUGACAUGGAAAAGGAAGUGCCAAUUUUCAUACAGCCAACUGGGAAGUGGUCAGACACUGGAUUCUUAAUUACCUAAAGAGAAAAAGCAAAGUCAGCCCCAGAAACAGCCAGCUCCAGAACCUACCAACAGGUUUCCCCAGCUUACCUUCAAAAGCUUCUGAGGGCCAUCAGCUGCUCGGACACUGAGUUUGUGUAAAAGCUGAACUAGGAAGGAAAAAAAAAAAAAACAAGUUCAGGAGUGGGAAGAAACCGCAUUCUUCUGCCCAGUGAUCUGUGCAGAACCCUCGGGGAAACUGAGCUGAUGUCCUUUCCAUCCACACUGUAGCCUAAGAUGACCAGCUCACAUGGCUUUAUCCCUCCCACAGAAACCUGAGAAGAGGGGAGCUGAAUUUCCAUGGGUGUAGAAAAAUGCCAGGGGCCUAUCCUGGCAGUAGCCCCCACUGCUGAAGGACUGAGGGUGUGACUCCCCCCUUUCCUCUCCACUUUGCCAACUUCAUUCAGAACUUAAGUCCUAAGGCUUCUCACCCAUGAGGCCACAGAAGCGGUCAAAGGUCCUAGGAAUCCGAGUCUGGGGGUUUACUUCAAUCAGUACAUUCUUCUGUGUGUGUAUAUAAACCUGUAGCAAGCCAGCGCGGUUCAGGGGGCUGUCCAUCAGCAUCAGUAAGCUCUGAGAAAGGGAGACAGCAAGGCACAGUGAAGCCUAGAAAACCGCUUUUGCUGCCUCUGUAGACAGCAGAGGGUCAUCAGCUCUCCCCAGUUACCUGGUGGGCGAUGUCUGGUCUGACUUCCCCUGGGUCCCGUCCAUUCUUCAACAACAUGGACUUGUGCUUGUCACAGUUGA